CCUCCCACCUGAAAAUCUGAAAUUAUGGUUUAUGGAAAUUCCUUGCUUGCAUAAUUUUUUUUUUUUUUUAUAAUCAAAGUAGUCCGUUAAGUCCCGCCUGAAAUUACUGGAGCAAAGUUCAAACCCUAACCCCUAACACGCUCAGUGAUUUGAGUGAUUUCCUGUCGAUGAACAAAUUGGUUGCAAAGAGUUGAAUUAAUAGACGCUCUAAUCAUUCAAUUAAUCAACCGAUAGAGUAUCAUGUUAUACAGAUUACAGAAUGUCGAUGGUGUUGGCAAAGGCAAGGCAUGUUUUGAGCAGGGAAGUGCUUAGGAACACUGGCUUGAUAAGGAGAUUUAUGUCUGUUUCAAACAGGGCAGUUGUUGAUUCUGCUGCUAAAGAUGGGGAGCUCAGAGUGUUUCUAGUUGCUGGGGAGGUCUCUGGGGAUUCAAUAGGUGCACGCCUAAUGGCUUCUUUGAAGAGGAUAUCGCCUUUUCCUGUCAAGUUUUCUGGUGUUGGGGGAUCAAUGAUGUCUCAAUAUGGUUUGCGAUCUCUGUUUCCUAUGGAAGAUCUUGCUGUAAUGGGAAUUUUGGAGUUGUUGCCAUAUCUUUACAAGAUUAGAGUAAGGCUGAAGGAAACAGUGGAAGCAGCUUUCUUGUUUAAACCGCACGUUGUUGUGACAGUUGACGCAAAGGGUUUCUCUUUCCGUUUCCUCAAAGAGCUACGAGCUUCUUAUAGUGUGCAACAGUUAGACAGUCCUAUGCAUUUCCAUUAUGUCGCACCAUCAUUCUGGGCAUGGAGAGGUGGUGAAGCAAGACUCAAGUGUCUAUCUCAAUUCGUAGACCAUGUUUUAUGUAUUUUGCCCUUUGAGGAAGAAGUUUGCAGGCUAAAUGGGCUAGCUGCAACAUUUGUGGGACAUCCAGUGUUGGAAGAUUGUUUGGAGCUGAAUUUAGGGAAAGACACUGUUGACUGGAAAGUUCACACAAAUAGUCAAGACUUCAGAAGUAAAUUUGAAAUUCCUUCAGGAGCCAAGGUUAUAACGCUGCUUCCUGGUAGCAGAUUACAAGAGGUAAAGCGUAUGGUUCCAAUCUUCUUGAAGACCAUGGAGCUUUUGAAGGGCUCAUUUCCUGACUUGAGAGCGGUCAUGCUUGUCGCUUCUAAUGAGCACGUGGAAAAUUACAUAAGUAGAUUGAUUGACCAUUGGCCUGUGCCUGUCAUCCUGAUACCUGGGAGUUCAUUAGGCCAAAAAUAUGAUGCAUUCAGUGCGAGUAAUGCUGCAUUAUGCACUUCUGGAACUGUUGCUGUGGAGCUGCAACUUGCGAGAUUGCCAUGUGUUGUUGCUUACAGAGCCCAUAUCUUAACAGAAUGGUUGAUCCGGUACAAAGCCAAUGUGCCAUACAUGUCGCUUCCUAAUAUCCUCUUGAAUUCACGUGUCAUUCCUGAAGCUCUUUUUGACACAUGUACACCCAGAAAUUUGGCAUCCACACUUGUGAAACUAAUCCAAGACGAGGGCCUUAGAAAACAACAAAUCAAGUCUGCUGAGACGGUUAUCAGGCUUUUGAGUCCUCCGAUAAACAGUAUUGCACAAGAUGAUUUUGGAAAUACUUCACAACCUAGUAUGAUUGCUGCGUCGACUAUAUUGCAUUACGCAAGGAGCCAUUAGCUGUAACAUUCGUUUUAUUCUAGCCAACUCUCCAAGAAACCAAAAACUCCCCCUUUGACUACAGAAUCUUUUCCUUUCAAGUUGUGGUUGUUCUCCAACAUCAGCUACCCAUCUGUUUUUUGUGCAUCAUAAAUUUCCCAUCUAACCAUUAACCAGAUCUUGACCAUUUUAUUCUCUCCAUGUCAAAGUAAAAUGGUGGUCACAUCUUCGUUUGCUCGCUCUUGAGUCUUGAUGGAUGGUGAUCAAGCAGAUGCAGGGAAAGAAAAGGUGCUGGCAGCUGGCGAUCAUGCCAAUGGAAGAUCUUCAGGCAAUGUAAAACCUUUAGUAGACGAUGAUGCUGAUGGUUCAGAUCGUGAAGACCCGAUAAUGGUUCCGCUAGUAUCCCACUCCGAGCCGUCCGAGAGGCGUUGUCAUGGCACACUACAUCACUACUUUGAAAGAUGAAAGGUAACAAAUGGUAAAUCCGUAAAUAAACUCAAAGAGUCCAGCCCAACAACUAGAAAGCUGACCUGCUGAUUGCUGCUGGUGAAAGCGGUUUGGGUGAUGCAAGGCAAUGGCUGUCAAAUCGGGUCAUUGGUAAUUUCGGAUAGGGUAUAAUCGGAUAAUGCUUUGUGCGGGGUCAUUAGGCUCAUGUGGAUUGGCUAUGAAUUUGCUUUCUCCGGUCACUUCAAUUUUUGUCAGAUGUCGGUCUUUUGACAGCCUAGGUGAUGUUUGGUUGCACUUGGGAAGUUAUAUUUCCCUUGUAUUUGCAAUUCCCAUAUGUUUUAACUUCCUAGGAAUUGAGCAUUCUUGUUUGUUUUGAGCAUAGGAAGUUAGAAUUCCAAUGGGAAGUUCUACUUACCUAGGUAGGACUAGGUAAGCAACUUCCACCAUUUGAGGGGAAGUAGAACUUCCUAGGAAGUUUCACUUCCUAUGCUCAUGUCAACCAAACAACCUAUUUACUCUUCACUUCCUAGGAAAUGAAACUUCCCAUAUAAUAGAAUGUCAACCAAACUAGCCAUGUCAGCACUGUUGUAUUAUGGCGUAUGGAGUAUUCAAAUUUUCUCUAUAUAUCUUUUCAAAUUAAA